AUGUCACGUUUGGAGCGUUUGAUUCGCGUGGAGAUGUCUCGAUUGGGUGCAUAUGAGAUUGAGUUACCCCUAAUGCAGCCUGAAGGUAUCAUAACAAGUCGUCAAUCUGAAUUUGGUGAUGACCUUUAUAAGUUACAUGAUAGGUGUGGGCGUGUUUUUCACCUCAGUCCAACCUGUGAGGAGCUUAUUUGUGCAGUUGCCAGGUCUACCCUGACCCCUUUGUCUAGGAAACACCUGCCAUUGAUGUUAUACCAGAUAAGGACUAAGUUCCGAGACGAACCUCGGCCAUGUGACAGUACUAUGCGUUGUCGUGAAUUUACAAUGAAAGAUGCAUAUUCAUUCCAUGAGGAUGUCGAUUCCGCUGUUCGCAGCUAUGAUGAUUUCAAGGAAUCUUAUAAGCGUAUACUGGGGCUAUUGCAGCUUAAUUAUACGAUAACAAAUAUAGAUAUGCCAGGUUGUUUUGAAGACGAAUUUAAUGUGUCGCUGCCAGUUUCUGAGGGCGGUGGUCACCUGGAAAUAGCACAUAUAUUCCAAUUAGGUACAUCCCUGAGCAAAGAGUCAGGUCUGGAAUAUGAAGUGGAAGGUAGGGUGAAGCGCCCUGUAUACAUGAACUCGUAUGGCAUUGGACUACAUCGAGUUCUAUACGCAUUGGCGGCGCAGCACAGCGAUGGCGCUGGGCUGCGCCUGCCUCAAAUAAUCGCACCAUACGAUAUCGCUAUAUUGUUAUGUGAUGUGAGAGGUCGUGACUUAGCGGUUAAAUUGCAGAAGCUGCUGGCCCAAAGGGGCCUGGACACCCUGCUUGACGAUUCGACCUUACCAGUGAGGCAGCGUGUAGCUGACCUCCGUACAGUGGGUAUACCUCAUGUUGUGUACGUGCCUGGCUGUGUUGGUGGUCAUGCAUUAAGGGAGCUUGAUGGUGAUACUUCUGAGGGGAUAAUGGCUGGGGCCAUUGCGUCGAACAAAUAUAACCUGGGUCAAUCCUACUCUUCGAUCCUCGCUCGUAGUGAGGAAGGUAUAGGUGAUGACAUUAUGGACAGAGAGGUCCUGUACAGUUGUCGAGGCGUGGACGGAGAGUUUGCCAUGACAGUAUCCCGUCUACUAGGUCUGCUGUGCGUGUGA